CAUUGCAGGAAUCCAGUGCAUGAAGCUGUCGGGAUACUCUAAGGGCUAUGGGUACAAGAUGGGGCAGACCUUUGCCGGGGACUCCGACCACGCCUGGAACGCCGUCUACCUCGACGGAAGGUGGCAUUUACUCGACAGCACCUGGGGAAGCGGUGCCGUCGAUGACUCCUUCACCAAGUUCACCUUCAGGUACAACGAGUUCUAUUUUCUGACUCACCCGGCUCUGUUCAUUAACAAUCACUUCCCGGAUAACAGUAACUGGCAGCUUCUCAAACCCACCCUGACGCUGAAAGAUUUUGAGAACAACAUGCUGCACAACAGCAACUUUUACACGCUGGGCCUGCUGAGCGCACACCCGGAGACAGCCGUCAUCCAGACAGUAAAUGGAAAAGCCUCCGUAUCGGUGGAUUCCCGUUCUGCCACAUUAUUUACGUUCAAGCUGAAGGGAACAGAUGAACACGGUUUAAUGACUUUGAAAAAACACGGAAUGAAGCUGGAUAUCUACCCACAGAAGACAGGGAGUCACAAGCUGCAGAUCUUUGCCAAGCCCUCCAAGGCCUCAGAAGAUGUCUACAACUGCGUGCUAGAGUACGUCGUAGAGUGCAAGUCCGUGGACAAGGCCAUGCGAUUCCCGAAGGACCUGCAUCAGCCCGUUGGACCCAGCUGGUUCACGGAGCGGCAAGGCUUCCUGAGGCCGUCCCACCCCGAGCCCAUCAUCCACACCAACGACGGGCGGUGCGCCCUCACCUUCACCCUGGGCAAAGACAUAAGCGUCUUUGCCUCGCUGCACUCCGACAACAGCAGCCUGACCGAGGAGAUGAGAAGGCGGCACAUCAUGCAAAUCCACCGUGGGAACCAAAUCGAGCUGAAGAUCCACCUCCCCCACGCAGGGAACUUUGUUCUGAAAAUCUACGCCAAGAAGAAGUCGGAUCCGGGCAACUACGACUACAUCUUCAACUACCUCGUCACUUGCCUCAACACCGAGGUGAAGUGGCCAGCUUUCCCGCAGAGUUACAGCAAGUGGGUGGAAGACUACGAAAUACUGGAGCCGCUCUCCGGCUUGCUGCCGGCGAAUCGCAACGUUCAGUUCAAACUCAAAAUGCACGGGAUAGCCAAGGUGCUCGUUCAGGCUGAGGACACUUACCCUCUCACCCAGAGCAGAGGCUGUUGGGAGGGAACCUGCAACACCUCGGGCUGCAGAGAGGUGUUUGUGAUGGUGCACGAGAACGCCAACCACAGCUUUUACUCGCACGUCCUGAAAUACGAAGUCGAAACCCAGUAA